GAAUUAUUAGCGUGUGUAAACGUAAACGUUGUGCUUCAGCCUAAGUGUUUUUUAGAUUCCGUAAAAUCCGAUACGAUCUUUAAAUCAGUGUAAAGUGUGUCGAUCACGUGACCGCUUCAAUAAUCCGGAUUAUUAUUGCACGUGUGAACGCAUUGGCUCCACAAAACAGACCCGAACUCAGAGGACCUCGUUUAAACCAGACUUUCCGUCGAACGAACCGCGGUGACGCCGUCUGAUUCUGUAUCGAGAAGGCACCGAGACCCCAGCCGCCAUGCUGCCCGCUUCAGAAGCCGCCAAGAUCUACCAGACCAACUACGUGAGGAACUCGCGUGCCAUCGGCGUCCUGUGGGGCAUCUUCACCAUCCUGUUCGCCAUCAUCACCGUGGUCUGCUUCAUCCAGCCGUACUGGAUCGGGGACGGCGCCGACACGCCCAUGGCCGGGUAUUUCGGCCUCUUCCACUACUGCAUCGGGAACGGGGUGGCGCGCGAGCUGACGUGCCACGGCGCCUUCUCCGACUUCAGCUCCAUCCCGUCGGGGGCCUUCAAGGUGGCGUCCUUCUUCGUGGCCACCGCCAUGGUGCUGGUGCUCGGGUGCAUCGGGUGCUUCGCCCUCUUCUUCUUCUGCAGCCCCAGCACCGCCUACAAGAUCUGCGGCUGGAUGCAGCUGGCGGCAGGUACAUGUUUGGUUCUGGGAUGUCUGAUCUAUCCUGACGGCUGGGACGCUAAAGAGGUGAGGAGGAUGUGCGGCGAGCAGACGGAUAAGUACACCAUCGGAGCGUGCUCAGUGCGCUGGGCGUACAUCCUGGCCAUCAUGGGCAUCCUGGACGCCCUCAUCCUCUCCUUCCUCGCCUUCGUCCUGGGCAACCGGCAGGACGGCCUCAUGGAGGAGGAGCUGCUGGGAGACAAAAGUGGGAACGCGUAGAGAGCUCAUCUGAACCAGGUUGGUUGGGCUGACUGAAGGACACCAGGUUACCAUGAAGUCACCAUCUAGCUUUUUACCCAGCAUCCUCCAGGUCCUAGACUCCCCGUCUACAGGAAGAAUUUGGGAAAUAAAAAGGAGGGACGAUGGACGUCCAUCUAAAAAAUAUAUAUAAUAGUAUAUAAAAUAAAACAACAACAACUGACUGACGAUCACUCGCCGCUGAUUCACUGGGAUUAUUAGAGUCAUUUUAGUAGUUGAACCCUCUCACACACACACACACACUGAUUAGUACUGAACUGAUAAAUGUUUUAGUCUUUUGGAAUCUGUUGAGUUUGUGUUGCUGGACUCUGGAGUUGAAGCUCAGAAGGAAGUGAGACGACGGUUGGAGAACGAAGACGCCAAAAACAUUCGCUUUAAACAGACAAUUGACCCCUGAACUCUUGUUUUACCUCUUUUUGGGGGGUUAAGUAUUAAUUAUGAGAUUAUAAGGGUCAGACCCCCCGUCUCCCUCUUCCACAACCCCUCCUGUAACUGGAACCGUGGAUGUUGGUAUAUUCUCCAUGUCUGUGCUCUUCUUUUACCAGCUGAUGGAUCAUCACAAGCUAAUUUCUUCUCGUCUUCUCACCUGGACCGUCUUGUUUAAGGGUCAGUCAGGGUCAGCAGAUAUAUUUAUUAUAUAAUCUACACUAUCACACCUCAGUUUAAGUAAAGAAAAGAACAGUCCUGAUGGAAACCUGGAUUUAAUCAUCAUGAGGAUUUGGAUGAACGUCACGUUGGAACUCGGUCACCUUUCUUCACAUUUUUCUCAGAUUAAAACAACUGAAAUAUUAUUUAUCUAACAGAAAUAUGUGGACGAUGGAGUGUCCAGAACUGUUUUGUGACCACAAGCGUGUGAAAUACUACCAAUCUGACCUUUUCUUGAGCAACAAAACAGUGAGAUGAUGAAAGCACCCAGUUCUGGUUCCUUACAUUUGAUUUCACUGUGCACACUGGCGACCCCUGCUGGUAGGACCAAACUCUGGCGCAUGGCUUCUCCAACACAUCAAACCCAAAAUCUGAAUCUUUACACCGACCAGCAGCGGAUUCUUACACACAGUCUCUGCUCCUAUAAAAGACAGUGGAUCUCUGCAUUCUUCAACACUAGGAGUCGCUGUUGCAGCGUUAAGAAGGUUAAAACCCCGUCCAGCAUUUCCUUCAUUAGAUACGAUCCACGGGUCCUUAGCACCACCGAGUCUCGAACCCAGGACUAGCAUGUGAGACUACUGCGCCACCCAGACGCCCUCCAGCAGGAACUCCUACUGUUAUUCUAGUAUUGAGCCAAAUUAACGUACGGAGUAAAAACACCCGCAGUUCCAACAAUACACAAAUACUAAUGAUGCCAAUAUGUACUAAUCUAAUACUAAUCUAAUUUUAAAUUUUAUUUUAGACACUCAAAAUAUAGCGAACGUCUCUGUUUUAGGACUGUUACGCCAGCCCACCAGGUCCGGGUUUGAAUCUCAUUGAUGCUAUGGUAUGACCAGGCGUUUACACAGACAUGACUGGGUAUUUUUUUAGGUACAGAGGGAGAGAAAAAGGAUGCAUAUUCAUUUAUUCAUUCAUUCAAGAAGGAAGAAAGGAAGGGCGAAAGGAAAGGGAGAAAGAAGGAAGGAAAGAAGGAAGGAAUAAGGAAGGAAGGAAGGGUGAAAGGAAAGGAAAGGAAGCAAAGGAAGGAAGGAAAGGAAAAAGAAAGAAGGAAGGAAGGGCGAAAGGGAAAGAAAGGACGGAGGGAGGGAAGGAGAGAAGGAAGGGCAAAAGAAAAUGAAAGGAAGGACGGAAGUAAAGAAGGAAGUAAGGGUGAAAGGAAGGAAGGACGGAAGAAAGGAAGGUAGGAAAGGAAGGAAGGGCAAAAGGGAAAGAAAGAAAAAAAGAAAGAAAGAAAGGAGUGAAAAGAGAGAGAAACAAAAAAGAGAGAGAAAGAAAGAAAGAAAGAAAGAAAGAAAGAAAGAAAGAAAGAAAGAAAGAAAGAAAGAAAGAAAGAAAAAGAAACAAACAAACAAAAAGAGAGAGAAAGAAAAAAGAAAGAAGGAAAGAGAGAGAAAAGAAAGUAAGAAAGAAGGCAGUAAAGAGAAAGAAAGAGAGAGAGAAGAGAAAGAAAGAAAGAGAGAGAGAAGAGAAAGAAAUAAAUAGAAAGAAAUGAGACAUAAGGAAACAAAAAAUAGGAAGAAAGAAAGAAAGGUUUCACCGAUCCACCCUGACCAGGAUGAACCAGUUGAUGAAAAUGAAAUGAAAGAGAUCAAGUGAAACGUGUUUAUAUAGUUUUAUUAUUAUUAUUAUUAUUAUUUCAGUCUGCAACCGUUCUGGUUCUAUACGGUGAAACCCCGGGAACGAGGCAGGAAUCCUCUGGACAGGGCACCAAUCCAUCACAGGGCUUUGACCACCUUCUCCCUUAGACAUAGCCAAUCCUGUCUCUGUAGAUGUCUGGCGGUGCUGUCGGUCGGUGGGCUGGCGUAACAGACUAAUGCGCCACACCCCAUCUAAUAUUAAGAUAAAAAAACCUUAUAAGGAUCAACUUGGAUCAAAUAAAGUACAUAUUAAUAAACAGACAAAUUUAAUUAACAGAUGUUUAAAAAUUGGACGCAUAAAUUAAGUUUCAGCAGUGUGCAGCAGAAGACACUUGAGCACGGUAAGGCAUGAGACUCCCCGAAAGGUACCACAGUGAUGAGUGCUCGCCUCUCUCCAGCAUCAACAAUCCUGAGUGAUUGGAUGUGAAAGACAGAACAACAGCAGGCCAGAUUCUAUGACAUGAACCUUAAACUCUGCACUCUUAUCCAAGGUUUGAAGCCCAGGAACAUCAGACACUCUUCCAGGCUGAACACACCUGACAGCUCAACAUGUUCUUUUAUUUAUUAACCAGCAGGAGCGAAGGGACAAGAACCCGCCGGGUUCAGGAACGUAGACUGACGAGCACUUUCACUUUUAAUACGUCCCUGUGAUCGGAACACAGGGUGCCACGUCGGACACUGAACGUCGUGCCAUAUAUUCGACUCUGUUUUUGUAAAGGGACUCGAACCCUCACGUGUGGACAGAUGUUGAUGGAACCAGCGACGUGGACACACUCGGUGUUUAGUAGAGUAGACGGGCGUGUCCAGAGUGCUUCACGCUGACGUAUCCCAAACAAUCAUGUGACCUUUUCUGUGUUAUUAGACGGUGUUAGUACAGUAGAGCCGUGUGACUCCUCUCUAUGUAGUUACCCUCAAACAGGCGUGUGCUGAUCAUCACGUUAAUUUAGGUUUACUUAUCCAGAGCGACUUACAGAAGAGCCUCCUCAGUAAACAUUACCAACUCUAGUACAAAUAGACACCAGUCCAAGGAUACAAAUCUGCUCAAACCCUGAUAGAACCAGAGGAACAUGUAGAAGAUGCAGGUUAGUUCUCAGCUUAAGUUCUUAGUAAAGAUGUGAUGAAGGUCUUUAAUCAUCUUCUGAAGACGCUGAGAGACUCAGAUGUUUGUACAGAGAGGGGAAAUUGGUUCCACCAUUUGGGUGCUAGAACAGAGAAGAACCUUGAUGCUCGUCUUCCUUGAGUUCUGGGUGGAGGAUCACAAGUCGAGCAAGACUUGUGAUUUAGGGCAGCAGUGAGGUGAUGUGGGAGUGUUUAGGUUGGUUGAAGGGGUUUAAUAGUGGACAUGGGGAGCACCAACCUAGAGAUGACCGGUGAUUCUAUAAGCAUCUGAUUGGUUUCCAUAGAGAGGAACGAUCGAAUCUUCAUGAUGUUGUAGAGCAGGAACCGUCAUGAUCUUGUCAUGUUAGCUAGAUGAGUAGAGAAGGACCGCCGGCUGUCCAGGACCACGCCGAGGUCUCGUACCUUGUCAGAUGCUUUGAUCUGGGAGUUAUUAAAAGAGACGAGGGUUUGGGUUGGAGAAUAAAUAUCAGCUCAGUCUUAGUCAUAGCCUCAGAUUUAACACUUGCAGUAUAAUUAGUCCCUCUGUAACAGCUUAUUUUGCUGGUGCGUUAGUGUUUAAACUUUCAUUCCAUUAUUAAACCAAAUGAACGUACAGAGCGAUAACGCCUGCAGUUCUGACUCAAACAGCUUUGUACAAUUAUCUUCCAGCAAUACACAAAUACUCAUCUAAUCUUAUCUAAUAUUACAUCUAAUCUAACAUUACAUCUAAUUUAAUCUAAUAUUACAUCUAAUCUAAUCUAAUAGUAAAUCUGAUUUUAUUUUAGACGUUUAUAAUAUAGCUUUACCUCUGCAAUGUUCUCGGACAGCCGGGCAUUUACACAGAGAUGAUUGGGUAUUUUUUUAGGUACAGAGAAAAAAGGGGGAAAAAAAGCAAAAAGAAAAGAAAAAGAAGAGUGAAAGGAAAAAAGGAAGAAAGAAAGAACAGAAAGAAA